AUGUGUGUGCAUGUGUUCGGCAACCGGCCGUCUCCAGCCGUUGCCACUUACGGACUACGCCAUUGUGUUGAGGACAGUACCUGUGAUGAAAGUGUGAAACAGUUUGUCACAAGAAAUUUUUAUGUAGACGAUGGGCUUGCAUCUUUUCCCACUGUGAGUGAAGCUGUCGACACUCUGAGAAGAACCCAGAGAGCUCUCCUGCAUGGUGGAAAUCUACGAUUACAUAAAAUAGCCUCAAACAGCGAAAAAGUCAUGCUACAGUUUUCAACUUUAGACCUAGCCAAAUCAAUUGAAAAUCUGGAUCUUGAUCGAGAAAACUUACCCAUUCACCACAGUCUUGGCCUACGUUGGGACCUCGCCAGAGAUACUUUUACCUACAAAGCCGCUGAGGACCGGAAGCCUUUCACGAAGAGAGGAUUGCUAUCCACUGUGAAUGGUUUGUUCGAUCCUCAAGGGUUCAUUGCGCCAAUUGUUCUAAAUGGAAAACUGAUAAUGAGAGAAGCUUUCAGUGGAGAUGAGAGUUGGGAUGAUCCCUUACAAUCCCGAACUAUGAAUGCUUGGACAUCAUGGUUAGAGCAGCUGAGUAGUCUAGACGCAGUUCACAUCCCACGGUGUCUCCUGCCUGUGUCGUUUUCUGAGUGUGUCAGAAAGACAUUGCAUAUUUUUUGUGACGCUUCAGAGAAAGCAGUUGCUGCAUGUGCUUAUCUCAGAAGUGUGACUGUUGAUGAGGAAGUACAUAUUGGAUUUGUGUUUGGCAAAUGCAAAGUUGCGCCAAAAAGUGGACACACCAUUCCAAGGCUCGAGUUUUGUUCCUCUGUUCUCGCAGUUGAACUUGGAGAGAUGCUGUCAAGGGAACUAGGUUUACCAUUGGAAGUCAUUGAAUAUUACACGGACAAUAAGGUAGUGCUCGGCUAUCUGUCCAACGAGCAUCAGCGCUUUUAUGUGUACGUGUGCAACCGCGUCUCCAGAAUUCGUAAGAGUUCUUCUCCAUCUCAGUGGAACUAUGUGGCGACACAUGACAACCCUGCAGAUCAAGGAACCCGUUGCCUUCUACAUGAACAAUUAUGUAGAAGCUUGUGGUUACAAGGACCAAAUUUCCUCAGAGAAAACAACGAAAAGGAGUGUAAGAAAAUUAUAUAUAACCAAUCUAAAAAAAAAAAAACAACUCCCAGGGCUUCAAUUUGA